AUGCCGACUAAGUUUCCAUUCCAAAUUAAUACACCUUCUCAUAUGUUCAGAGAACCAACCACGCCCGAGGAUGUGGCCAAGCUUCCUUGCAUCAUGCACCCACCGAGGCUCCGUCGCUUCUUCGGCAGGGACGACGUGCUCGCCAAGAUUGGCGAGCAUCUCGGCCAGGCUGAUGCCGAGCCGGACGACUCUUUGCGCUCCCUUGCCCUGCACGGACUUGCCGGUGUGGGCAAGAGUUCGAUCGCGCUUCAAUAUGCCGAGUUGCUACUCCAGAAAGGGGCUCUGGACGCCAUGUUUUGGGUCCACGGAGAGAAGCCGGUCACAAUGAGCCAAAGCUUUACAGACAUCGCGGUCCGGCUCGAGCUUCCUGAUGCGAGCGUCAAGGAUCAUGACGACAACCGCGCCCUUGUGCUAGACUGGCUCCGACAAACAAAAUGCCGCUGGUUGAUUGUAUAUGACAAUGUGGAAUCUGCGGACCUUCUUCUCAAGUACUGGCCAACAGCGAGCCGUGGUCAGGUCCUCAUCACCAGUCGCCACAGCUCUUUCGCCACUAACCCGGCCGGUAGCGGCCUGGAAGUCGGAGCGUGGGAUUCGGAAACAGCAUCAAGGUUCCUGCUACAUCUUUUGUCGACAGACAUUGCCGCAGGACUUACACUGGGUGAGGCCCAAUCCGCCGACGAAGUUGCGGAGAAGCUGGAUGGACAUGCCUUGGCUAUUUCCCAUAUGGCUGGCCUGCUUCACAAGCACGAUUGGUCUAUUGCCGAGUGCAUGUCGUUGUAUAAUGAGCAACAAGCCAGCAUCCAAGGCGUAUCGGGAAUCAGCUCCCUCAAUGCUCUUUUCAACUUGUCCUUUAGGUCGCUGGACCAGGAUAGCUUAUCUUUGCUAGGAAUUCUGUCGUUUCUCUCGCCAGAUGGUAUCCCCGAAUCACUUUUCGACGUUCAGUCCAUCGCUGAUCUGCCCGAGUCACUCAAUUUCUGUGCUGACCAAUCGAGUUUCUUCAAGGUAAGAGGAAACCUCGUUGCCAUUGCGCUGGUCUCGAGGGACAAAGAAACGCAGACCUUGUCUAUUCACCGCCUCGUUCAGACGGCCUUUAGGUACUUCCUGUCGCCAGAAAUGAGACAAAAGGCCUUUGAUGAUGCCGCAGUGCUCAUAUCGCAUGCGUUUCCUCGGCGUGACACGGCCUCGGCACAGAUGUAUCUUGUGUGGAACAAGUGUGCAGCACUUCUGCAGCAUGUCCUUAGUCUCAAGGACUGUUUCCGCAAAGAAAUGGAGGAACACGGUGAUUUUAAAGCCACUCAGAUAUACUGCGAACUCAGUAAUGCGUGUCAGCGCUACCUGAUUGAGAUCAAUGCAUACUCGGAGUUGGAGGACCUCAUCAACGUCAACACAAUGGCACUUGAGACCCUCUCAGUUGAGGAUCGGACUGUCAAUUUGCAAGGAUCGCUCACGUCCCACAAGGGGCAGCUGCUGGUUCGUUUGGGCAAGCCCCUUGAAGGUGUGGAGUGGCUCCGGAAAUCAUACAAUAUUAGAUCUCAGGCAGUGCCUUUUGACCCGCGGGAGUCAUCUUGGGCAGCGGAGAACGCGGCGAAUGCAAUUGCGACGGUCAAUGAGUUUGCGGAAGCCAUACGAUGGCAAGAAUCCGCCCGUGACCAUUGGUUGGAGUGGUCUGAGCAAAAUGGAGAGCCAGGGGCGUGGCCUGCCGUUUUGAAAAAGAGCAUGGGCACAACUCUUAUUUGGGCAAACCAGCGUGAGCGCGCCCGAGAUGUCCUAUCCCAAGCCAUUGCUCAGAUUGAAGCCGCCGAGCCGUACAACUGGGCCAUGGCAGCAUAUACACACUUUGCCCUCGGUACACUUGACCGCCAUGAUGGUCAUUUCGGAGCCGCCGAGGCCCAUUUCAUGGAAGCCCAGAACUUGUGGACCAAGGGAGACCAACUGAGAACAGAUCCGUUCAAUGCUGCAUGCAUGUAUAGGAUGGGCUGCACGGCUCUCGAUCAGGGAAAGCUUGAGGCUGCGAUCAAACAUCUCCGAGAUGCGAAAGUCGUCACUGAAAAGCGCAAGACUACGAUGAUGGCGGAGCACGCAAGGUGCAUGUUCAAACUGUCCGAGGCGCUGUGUCAGGAGCCCAGGGACGAAGCAGAGGCCCUUCAGCUACGGGAUGAAUCCGAGCGGCUUUUGCGUAUUCGUGAUCCUACGGCCCAGGAUCCAGGUCUUGAGAAGACCUAUGAUGAUCUGGUGAAUAUUCUUUGGCGCUGA